UGCGUAGUUUCAGCGCGCGGACUUGAGUCGUGACGUCAAGCAGUGCGCGAUCGGCGGUGGCGGGAGAUUUUCCAGAGUUUCGUCGAGCUAGUUCGUGUUCAGGAGAAAAACAUUAGCGAGUAAAAUGUGGAACCAAGGUAAAUACGGCGAGGCCAGUAUGGCUGGAUAUACACAGUCUCCAGGAGGGUUUGGGUCUCCAGCCGCCUCGCAGGGAGGAGACAAGAAAGCGAGAACUCGAGCGCAGCAGAUCGUUCCCUGCACCGUGUCCCAGCUGAUGUCUGCGGUGCAGGCGGAGGACGUCUUCAAAGUGGGAGAGGUAGAGAUCGCCCAGGUAACUAUUGUUGGUGUGAUCAGAAACACUGAUAAAUCCACAAUCAACAUCCAGUAUAAGGUGGAUGACAUGACGGCAGCUCCCAUGGAUGUGAAGCAGUGGAUCGACACAGAGGACAUGGGUGUGGAUAACUCAGUCAUCCCUCCAGGCUCUUACGUCAAAGUCUCCGGCAACCUCCGCUCUUUUCAGAAUAACCGGUCUUUGGUUGCGUUCAGCGUCCGAGUGCUGGAGGACAUGAAUGAAGUCACUUCACACAUGCUGGAGGUUGUGAACGCUCAUAUGCAGCAGAGCAAACCACAGAGCAUGAUGGGAGGAGGUGCAGGAACGAACAUGAUGCCCACGGCGCAUGCUAGCAUGAGCUCCACAGGAAGCUAUUCUGGCGCUAGUAUGAUGUUAGUCAAUGGUUUGAGUGCCAACCAGAAUCAGGUUUUGAGUCUGAUCAAGAGCUGUCAUGAGCCUCAAGGCAUCAGCAUGCAAGACCUGAAGCAGAAGCUGAGCAGCAUGAGCGUCACAGUCAUCAGGCAAAUUGUGGAUUUUCUCAGCAACGAGGGACACAUUUUCUCCACUAUUGAUGAGGACCACUUCAGAUCAACAGACAAUGAAGCCUAAGUCACAGUGAAGUCACUCUACAUAGUGUUCAUGAAAAAAAAAAAUAAUUUCAGUUAGUUUUGGUCAUUUUAAUAAAAGCACACUCAUAUAAAGCUAUUUUCUUUCAAGUUCAGCAUGCCGUAAGGAAAAAGCAGUGAAAAGGACAUUGUCCGAUUUACAAUAAAUGUUCUAUUUGUUAAA